GCGUCCGCGCGCGGGAGGGGGGGUAUGGGGACCGAGGCGGGAGUCUCCUAAAGCACAAAUGCUGCCACGCUGCUAACGGGGAAGGGCCCCCACCCAGCCCGAGCGUUCCUGGGGAAGGGUCCCCCGCCGGAGCGAGGGGCGCAGUUUUGGGUUUUUGGACAACAGCUGGUUGUACUCCGAGCUUGCUCUUGGCUCUAUGCUCAGGAAUCACACCCGGAGGUGCUCGGGGACCACGAUUGGUGCUGAGGAUCAAGCCAGGUUUGGCCCUGAGAAAGGCAACAGCGGGCCCUGAGGAAUCAGAGGCCGGCGAACGGACUCCACCAUGAGUGAAACAAUGAAACCGCAGCAACGUGUGACUUCCGAGCUGAUCUUUGCCAUCUCCGUGGCCACCAUCGGCUCCUUUCAGUUUGGCUACAACACGGGCGUCAUCAAUGCCCCCGAGACGAUCAUCAAGGCCUUCCUGAAUGACACUUUGCUGGAUAAACUGGGGGAGCCGCCCAGCGAGGUGAUGAUCACCACCCUGUGGUCGGUGUCGGUGGCCAUCUUCUCCAUUGGCGGCAUGAUCGGCUCCUUCUCCGUGGGACUCUUUGUCAACCGCUUUGGCAGGCGCAAUUCAAUGCUCAUUGUCAACGUUUUUGCUAUCAUUGGUGGUUGCCUCAUGGGCUUCUGCAAGCUGGGGAAGUCGGUUGAAAUGCUGGUCAUAGGUCGACUGGUCAUCGGCUUCUUCUGCGGGCUCUGCACGGGCUUCGUCCCCAUGUACAUCGGGGAGAUCUCCCCGACUGCCCAGCGAGGGGCGUUUGGCACCCUCAACCAGCUGGGUAUCGUCGUGGGCAUCCUGGUGGCCCAGAUCUUUGGUCUGAACUUCAUCCUGGGGAGCGAGAAGCUGUGGCCAGUGCUGCUGGCCUUCACCAUCAUCCCCGCUGUCGUCCAAGGCAUCGCUCUUCCCUUCUGCCCCGAGAGCCCCAGGUUCCUGCUCAUUAACAAAAAGGAAGAGGAGCAGGCGACCAAGAUCCUCCAGCGCGUGUGGGGCACGGACGACGUGAGCCAGGACAUCCAGGAAAUGAAGGAAGAGAGUGUCCGGAUGUCGCAAGAGAAGCGGCCCACCGUGCUGGACCUGUUCCGGUCCCCCAACUACCGGCAGCCCAUCCUGAUCGCCAUCAUGCUGCAGCUCUCUCAGCAGCUGUCGGGGAUCAACGCCGUAUUCUAUUACUCAACAGGAAUCUUCAAGGAGGCAGGUGUGAAGGAGCCCAUCUACGCCACCAUUGGUGCCGGCGUGGUCAACACUAUCUUCACCGUCGUUUCGCUGUUUCUGGUGGAGCGCAUGGGGCGCCGGACGCUGCACCUCCUGGGCCUGGCAGGCAUGGCUGGCUGCUCCAUACUCAUGACGGUUUCCUUGUUGAUGAAGACGAAUCAUCCGUGGAUGAGCGUAGUCUGCAUUGUGGCUAUCUUGGUCUUCGUGGCCUUCUUUGAGAUCGGCCCGGGGCCCAUCCCCUGGUUCAUCGUGGCCGAGCUCUUUAGCCAGGGCCCCCGGCCGGCGGCCAUGGCAGUGGCCGGCUGCUCCAACUGGACCUCCAACUUCCUGGUGGGGCUGCUCUUCCCUUCGGCUGCGUUCUACUUAGGCUCCUACGUGUUCAUCGUCUUCACCGUGUUCCUCGUGAUCUUCUUCAUCUUCACCUUCUUCAAAGUGCCCGAGACUCGGGGCAGGACUUUCGAGGAGAUCACCCGGGCCUUCGAAGUCGGGGCGGCCCCACAGGAGAAAGGCUCCUCGGUCCCCAUGAACAUCCUCCCCCAGAUCAACACGCCCAGCAACGCAGCUGUCGGGGGUGAAGGGGCAGGCGAAGAGGAAGGCCAAGGCCAAGGCCAAGGCGAAGGGGAAGGGGAAGCGGAAGGGGAAGGGGUCUAACCAAGCCCGGCUCUUGACCCGCCUCUCUCCCCCUCGACACACAAGCCCCCUCUCCCCAGAGCCGAGGGGGGGCGCACCUCGUCAGGUUGGAAAUCAGGACUGUUUCCGAAUGCUGCUACUUGAUCUCUUCUCAUCCUACACAGCCCAGGAGCGCCCGGCCUGGGCCCCUGGGAUUGGGGGUCUCCACCCGCCCCCCAGGCGCUGUCACAUCAUGGCCUUGCUUGGGACGUUUCUCCCUAGCUGGAGAGAAACCGAGGGACCCUCCCUUCAUUUCCGGAGGGUUGGGUUGGCCCCUGGGCCUGUGACGGCUUGGCCACUUCCUUCUUCCCUGGCUUCCAAACUCGCCUCUGGGGAAGAAGAGUCAGGGUGCCGGGACCCCCACCUCAGAAAGUAGGUGUCUGUCCCACGGAGGUGGGGGUGGGGGGGGCAAGAGUUGGGAUCACACAAAGCACCAGCCUCACUUCCGUACGGCUCAGCAGAGCGACACUUCUUCACUUGAGUUUUAUUUAUUUUAACUUCUGGUGGUAUUGCAUAAAAUAUUUAUUUUUUUAACUGUAAAGGAAUUUUACCAAAUAAUUAAAAAAAAUUAUAUAUAGAUCUCUAUAUAAGGAUAUUGAGGUGCAGAGGGGGAGGUGUUUUUGGGGGAGAGGCGAGAGGGAGGAAGGGGUGAGGUGAGGUGAGAUGCAGUGAAGGUUUUUUGCUCGAUGCCAGGGCGCAAACUUGGCCUCGGUCGCUCUGAAGGAAACUGAUUUCUCAAGAGACGUGAUGUGCCUGUGCUACUGAGGUUUCCUUUGGAUUUUUUUUCCCCCCCUUUGCUUAAGAUUAAAUGUAGUUAUUACUUGAAAUCUAGGGUUGUUAUAAAGAUGGGCAUUGUAGUUGGUGAUGGUUUCGGGGUUCUCCUGUUCUCGGCCCAAGCCAUUUUCUUUUCCUUGUAGGGGGUCCACUUUAAAAACAACAAUAUGCGCACCCCCAUAUACACACACGUCACACACACACACACACACACACACACACACUGCAAGCCCCUGUGAUGGGGCUAACCCCCUCCCCUGUUUCUUGGUUCGAGGUUUAUUUUCUCCAUUUUAUUCUUUAGGGGACUUUUAGCUCCUGCAUUUAUUUUUUGUAUUAACCUGUAGCUUGAAAAGAAAUCAGAAGAGAGUGUUGAUAGCUGGUGUGGGGAUUUGUAAUCUGGGAGAAGUUUUUUUUUUUUUUUUUUUUCCCUGAGUGGUUCUUAUGUGAAUGUUGUUACUCUUAGGGUCCUGGCAUGCUUGUCCAGUUGCUGACCACAGUGUUGAUGUGUUAAGUGCUCUUCCGAGGGCCUGGAUCUUUCCUCCCACCCCCCUGCAGGAGACGGUAUGGUGCGGAAGUGGGCGGUGAGACUCCGAACGUUACGUCUGCUGUCCCCGAGCAGACCCGACGGAAGUGUUGAGCCGUGUAUAUCAGAAACACUGCCUCUGAUGGGUGACAUUUGUGUCCCUCUGGUUCUCUUCCAAGCCCCUCUGACCUCUCCUUGUUGGAGAAGGUGGAGCUCAUGAAACCCCUCCCGGCCGGAGACGGAGUGGGAAAGAGAAUGAAGAGAUGAGAACUUGGGGCCUUCUGUGGCUAGUGGAGGGGGGCCCCCCCGGGGGGCCACGGGAGGUGUUGGGAAGUGAGCCUGCCACGGUCAGACCGUUUCCUUUGAUUGUUCCAUCUCCCUUUCCCUUGGUGCUUACACAUUUCAGAUCCUUGCCUGAGACAGGGUUUUUGUCCAGACCUCCCACCGAGUGCUCUCUCGCGAGCUCUCUCUCUCUCUAGCAUGGGAGCCUUGGAAUUGGGGGGUGGUAUUGGGGUGGGGUAGAGGGUUGGGCACGGGGCGGCCCUCACCCUGAGUGCAAGUUCCCCUGUUUUUUCAGUGACCCAGUGGUGAAUGUUUCCAAAUGAAUUUCUUAUGACUCAUGUUAAACUGUGGUUCUUUGUUUUGAAAUAAAAAUUCUGAAUGUAUCUAGAA